AUGGAGAAGUUAUUCUAUAGAAUUCCAAUUUCCGUAUUACGCGAUGAUGUAAAGUAUGAUUCAUUCGUAAUUAGCAGUGACGUAGAUAUGCAUGUGUUGUUUCAUUGUCGCCGUCAGUUUCCUGAGAUGAGGACUCCAGAGUUGUUGGCGAAGUUUGUGAAUGUGGCAUCUAGUUCUGGAGAUUCAAAUUGGAAUCUGCACUCCACAGGACAUCUAGCCAGCUCUAGUGCCAUGCCUGUUGGAUCCUCAGGGUGCUUUCGCGGCGCCCAGUUUCCUCCGUUUGUUCCGGUUUUUGGAGAGGUUAGAGCACCCGAUGGGGUUGAGGAUGCAUUGCAUGAUGAUGAUGAUGUGGAGCCCGCAACGAUUGCUGAUGAUAGCGACGAGGAGACACCACGGACGACUCCACCUGUGGGUAGGGGAGCAUCUAGUUCAAGUACUAAUCAGUACCCCCUGUACUUCUCUGCUCUGCACUUGGAUGCCAUGGCACCUCAGGAGGAUCCCUCUGUACCUGUUGGCUUCGGGGCAAGAGACACGCAAAAUGCAGUAGCUGAAUUUCAGGAUAAAGAGGAAGUCGUGCUUAGCGUGAAGACCUAUAGCAUUCGCCAUGGGGUUGAGUACAAGGUAUUGGAGUCGGAUAACCGCAAGUACUAUGGCAAGCGCAAGGAGUUCGGGAGCGGAAGCGUAUAG